GCUAUAUAUACCRGAGUUUCAGCUCGCUUUGCAGUGAAGAUUCAGAGAGCCAAACAAUCAAGUGACAAGGCGUUCAAACCAAAACUUACUAACUCGUCGUGCAAAGAGCUACCAACAUGGUCAAGUCAAACAUAAAAUGCGAUGAUUCCGUCCAGCCUACAUUUUUCAAAAUGACCAAAGGGAAAAAGGAAUACAGGUACAUCAUCUUCAAAAUUGAGAACAACCAAGUUGUCGUCGAUAAAACUGGAGAUCGUGACAAAACUUUCCAAGACAUGAUAAAUGAUCUUCCCGCCGAGGAUGCUGCUCGAUAUGUCGUCUUCGACCUAACYUAUCACACAAAAAGGGAGAAUCAUCUUCGAGAGAAGAUCGUCUUUCUGAGUUAUUGCCCAAGCGGUACUGAAACAAGAGAGAAAAUGCUCCAUGGAAGCACAGCUCUAGAGCUGAAGGAAAAGCUUGGAAGUUCKUUCAUCCACUUGUCGAAGCAAUGUGAUGAUCUUGGUGACAUGAACGAGGAAGAAAUCAAGGAAGAAAUGGCCAUCAAAGGGUAGACUUUGUAUAAAUGUGUGCAUGCAUGUGAGUUUGCAAUGUAAUGAACACUUUGUUGCAAUAGAGCAUUACAGUAGAAAGAACAUUUUCAAAUGAUUACCACAAAAACUUAGUAGUUUGUAUAUUAUCCAUGAACUAUAUAUUGUGAUCCAUCGCCUAUCGAUUUUGUGUUAGAAAUUUUUAAUAAUACUUUAUGAUAACGUGUAUAUGAUUAAGUUAAGCAUUCAUGGUUUUUCAUAGUAUCUUAGCUUUAUUGUUGUAUUUAGGAUUUAUAUUUCGCACAAUUUAGACAACUUUUGAUAAUAAAUGUAACGUUGUGUUAUAACAUCUUUUUCUGAUUUAAUGACAAGGCUUAUAACCGCUAUAUCAUAUCCUCAGAUUUUACUAUCAUUCACUAGAAAUUUCACAAAUGUAGCUAUUAGUAAGCUUGUAUUUUCUGUAAUCAGUGUAUGUCUUUAUAAACAAUAAACCCAGACGUUUCUAAAUGUCAA